AUGACUACCGAAGAGAAAGAGAUCCUCGCCGCCAAAUUGGAAGAACAAAAAAUCGAUCUUGAUAAGCCUGAAGUUGAGGACGAUGAUGAUCUCGAUGAGGAUGACUCCGACGAUGAUGAUGACGCAGAGGGACAAGAUGGAGAGGCAGGAAGUAGGUCAAAACAAAGCAGAAGUGAGAAGAAGAGUCGCAAAGCGAUGCUUAAGCUCGGGAUGAAACCCAUCACUGGUGUCAGCCGUGUCACUGUCAAAAAGAGCAAGAAUAUCAUGUUCGUCAUCUCAAAACCUGAUGUGUUCAAGAGCCCAGCUUCAGACACAUACGUGAUCUUUGGAGAGGCUAAGAUCGAGGACCUGAACUCUCAGAUGCAGUCGCAGGCGGCCGAGCAGUUCAAGGCUCCAGAUCUCAGCAGCGUGAUUUCAAAGGGCGAGUCGUCAAGUGCUCCAGUGGUUCCAGAUGAUGAGGAGGUUGACGAGGACGGUGUUGAGCCAAAGGACAUUGAAUUGGUGAUGACCCAAGCAGGAGUGUCUAGGCCAAGAGCUGUCAAGGCACUCAAGGAAGCCAGUGGAGAUAUUGUUACUGCCAUCAUGGAGCUUACCGGCUAA